CUCAGGACAGAGCUACACUUGCACCAGAUGCCAGAGAGCAGCUCGUUUGGAAUCCUGCCGCCAACGAAGACUGAAGAGAAACAGAAAGCCUCCGUGGCGUUCGGAAGGCUGGUGGCUGCCAUGGAAACGCUGGGAUUCACAGCCAAUGAGCAGAGAGCAAUCUGGCACGUGCUAGCCGGAAUAUACCACCUGGGGGCAGCGGGGGUCUGCAAAGUGGGCAGGAAGCAGUUCCUGCGGUUCCAGUGUGCUCAGAACGCUGCGAGUGUGCUGGGCUGUGAGGGGGAGGAGCUGUCCACCGCCGUGUUCAAGCACCACCUGAAACACAUCCUCCAGCAGGCCACCAGGGGCGCCGCGAGCAGACACAGCACUGAGAGCGGGGACAGCGCUGAUGGUCCCAAGCUGUCCGGAGCGGAGUGUGUGGAGGGCAUGGCGGUCGGACUCUACGAGGAGCUCUUCACCAUGGUGGUCUCCCUUAUCAACAGGUCGGUCUCCUCCAAGCAGCUCUCCCUGGCCUCCAUCAUGGUGGUGGAUACGCCCGGCUUCCUGAACCCUCGCCACGGCAACAAGGAGCGCGCUGGAACCUUCGAGGAGCUGUGCCACAACUACGUGCACGAACGGCUGCAGGCCUUCUACCAUGAGGGGACCUUCAGCACCCCACUGCAGAGAUACAGACAGGAGAAUGUUCCAGUGCAGUUCGAGGAGCCAGAGAGCAGUCCGGCCAAAGUGGUUUCUGUGAUCGACCAGACCUCACUGCAGGUGAAAGGCCCUGUGCCUGGGCAGGGGGAUGAGCCUCGGGGGCUGCUCUGGGUGCUGGAUGAGGAGGUUUUGACCCCGGGGUCCAGCGAAGCUGUAGUACUUGAACGACUUUGCAGUUACUACCAGAGCCAGCCCAGCGACGAUGAAACCCCCUGUGCAGUGCGUCAAUGUGAGCAGCCCCUGCAGUGUGAGAUCUCGCACCAGCUGGGCAGGGACCCCGUGCGCUACGACCUAAGCGGCUGGUUCAGCCGGGCCAAGCCCAACCUGUCUGCCCUCAACGCUGGACAGAUCCUGCAGGAGUCCAGCCUUCCGAUGGUUCGGUCCCUCUUCGCCCCGCGCUCCAAGGUCAUGUCGAUGUGCCGCUCGGUUGGCGGUCUGGAGGGCAGUUCCCAGCAGGCUAUGCAGCGGACGGGCUGCGUGAGAAAAACCUUCAGCAGUGGGCUGGCGUCUGUCAGGAGGAGAUCGCUGUGUGCCCUGGUCAAGCUGCAGGCGGACGCCCUGAUAAACCUGAUCAAGCGAUCCCGCACCCUGUACCUGCACUGCCUGCUGCCUCGCUCGGAGCUCGACGGAGUGGACUGGAAGAGUCCUCCUGUCCUGGAGGUGGCAGUGAUGCGCACUCAGCUCCACGCUGCUCAGCUGCUCCAGGCUGUGCAGCUCUACAGGACUGGGUACCCCGAUCACAUGGCGCUCAGUGAUUUCAGACACCGCUUUCAGGCCCUAGCCCCGCCCAUCAUGAAGAAGUACGGCUCCGUGUUCAUGAGGACGGACGAGAGGAAGGCCGUGCAGGAGCUGUUGACAGAGCUGGACCUCGCCAAGAAGAGCUUUGCGGUCGGCCUGAGUCAGGUGUUUCUGAAACAUGGAGUGCUGUCCUCUCUGGAGCUGCAGAGGGAGAAGCUCGUCACCCACAUUCUGGUGUUGCUGCAGGCUGCCAGCCGGGGCCACCUCUCACGCCAGCACUACCGCCUCAUGAAGGUCCGGGAGCUGGCAGUGCGCUGCAUACAGAAGAAUCUGCGCAAGCUGGCAGGGGUGCGGGACUGGAGCUGGUGGAGACUGCUGUGCGGAGUGCGCCCCCUACUGGACAUCAACAUCGAGGACCACAAGUUCAGGGCCAAGGAGGAUGAGAUCACAGCGCUGAGAAGGAGGCUGGAGAAGUCAGAGAGAGAUCGUAACGAGCUGAGGCAGAGCGCCGAUGCACUGGAGACAAAGGUGACGGACCUGUCCUCCGAGCUCUCGGAUGAGCGUUUCAAGGGUGAGGCGGUGUGUCAGGUCCUGGACAGCGAGCGAGCGGAGCGGCUGAGACUGAACUGGGAGGUGAAGGAGCUGCAGAGUAAGUACGAUGUGGCGCGGAGGAGCCUGGAGUCUGUGGAGAGAAAGCUGGAGCAGGCCAUGCAGCAACUGCAGACCUACGAGCUGGAGAGAGGGAUCACCCCCGGCACAGGGGACGAGUGGCAGCUCCGCUACGACUGCGCCCAGACGGAGAUGGAGUUCCUGCGGAAGCGUCUGCGGCAGAUGGAGGAGAGGAUGGAGUCCGAGCUGCAGGAUCGCAAGGAGCUGGAGCUGAAGCUGACAGAUUUGCAAGGGAAGUUUGAUGAGACAAAGCGGGCAGCCUUGCAACUGAAGAGGAAGUGUCGACGGGUGACCUUUGACCUCCAGGACACGCGAGUGCUCAUGGAGAGCCAGCAGGGGCGGAACCACGACCUGGAGAAGAAACAGAGGAGGUUCGAUACAGAGCUGGCCCAGGCCCUGGGAGAGGCUUCCUUGGAGAGGGACCUCCGAGAGAAAGUGUCCCAGGAGAACAACAGCAUCCGGUCAGAGAUCUUCAAACUGCAGCGCAGCAUCCAGGAGGGGCAGUCGGAGCUGGCCUUGUUGCUCCAGCAGAAGGAAGAGCUAGACACUCAGCUGCAGGACCUGGCCAUGCCACAGACCCUCCACCCCGACUCGGCCGCCACGCUGAAGAAGCAGCUGAGGGAGCUGGAGGUGAGAGUGAAGGAGCUGACCGCUGAGCUCACCAAGCAGGCAGACACAAUCCAGCAACAUGAGCAGACGAGGCUGCGGUUCGAGAUGGAGAUGGAGAGGAUGAAGCAGAUCCACCAGAAGGAGCUGGAGGACAAAGAGGAGGAGCUGGAGGAUGUGCAGAAAUCAUCCCAGAGACGGCUGCGGCAGUUGGAGAUGCAGUUGGAGCAGGAGUAUGAGGAGAAGCAGCUGGUUCUGCACGAAAAGCUGGACCUAGAGGGGCUGAUAGCCACCCUGUGUGAGCAGAUCGGGCAUCGUGAUUUUGAUGUGGAAAAGCGUCUUCGCAGAGACCUGAGGAGAACUCACACCCUGCUGGCCGACGCACAGCUGAUACUGGGAACACUGGAGGAUCCAGUGAGCAAUGGGAUCAGCAAAGAGGAGGCAGAGAGGCUGCAGUCCCAGCUAGCGGAGAGCGAGACCAGAUAUGUGCAGGCUGAGAAGAUGCAUAAGACUCUGAUGAUGGAACUGGACAGUGCACAGCUGGAGCUGGAAAACAUCUGCCAGAACAAGAGUCUGGUGGAUGAGCAGCUGUUCCAGCUCCAGCAUGAGAAGGCAGACCUGCUGAAGAGGAUCGAGGAGGACCAGGAGGAUCUGAACGAGCUCAUGAAGAAGCACAAGGCCCUCAUUGCACAGUCAUCCAGUGACAUCAGUCAGAUCAGGGAGCUGCAGGCUGAGUUGGAGGAAGCCAAGAAGGAGAGGCAGAGCCUGCAGGAGAAGCUGCAAGCCAGUCUGAGUCGUGUCAGCUUCAUGGAAGGGUCCAUGGUGGAACGCAGCAUCGUCAGCAGACAGGAGGCGCUGAUCCGUGACCUGGAGAACAAGCUGGAGUUUCAGAGUGGUCAGAUCAAGAGGUUUGAGGUGCUGGUGCUGCGGCUGAGGGACAGCGUGGUGCGGAUGGGGGAGGAGCUGGAGCAUGCUGCCGAGACGGAGGCCCGGGAGAAGGAGCAUGCCCAGUACUACCAGCAGCGGCUGCAGGAGAUGAGAGUGGAGAUGGAGGACCUGGCCCGCAGUGAGCUGGAGAGCAGCCGGCGCAGAGUCGAGCUGGAGAUGAGGGUGGAGGAGCUGAGUGCAGUCAGGCAGACAUUACAGGCCGAUCUAGAGACAUCAAUCAAGCGCAUCGCGGAUCUACAGACUGCCCUGGAGGAAGAGUCCAGUGAUGAAAGUGACUCUGAAAGCGUCCAGACAGCAGUGGACUCCUUUGACAGGAAGCGAGACUUAGACAGACAGUCCACUGUGGGAUCCAUGGUCAGUGUGGACCCCGAGGAGGGGAUCAGGUCCUGGCUGGGGGUCCCCCGGGGCCCCGGAUCCCCCUACGGAAGCAGCGCGGCCGGCAGCGUGGCCAGACAGUCUGCGUCCGACACCAUGAGUAUGUACAGCGUCAGGUCGCUCCCCAGAGACUCGGAGGGGAGCAGGCCGGGCUCCUCGCUCAGCGUGCUCAGCCUGCGGAGGAGGGAGCUGGGCCAGGACCAGGACAGCCAGUCACAGAACAGCUUCGGGGAGGGAGCCAGGCGUAGAGUCACGUCGCCCCUGGCAGAAUCCACAGGCUCUACAGGGUCCGCAGAGAUAGAGGAGAGGGAGCGGGCCCCCAGCUCGCUGGCACUGUCAGAGUUCCUGGAAGAGCUGCGUCGCAAGCGGGGGAGCGAGCGAGCUGACCAGGGGAGUGGAGUGGGGCGGGAGGGGGUUGACACGCUGCCUAUAUACCAGACUACAGCAGCGUCGGUGCUGAGAAGGCGUGGCAGCUCCAUGCUUGAGCAGGAAGACGUGAAGAGUGUGGGCUCAGAGAUGUCCUUCAGGCCCACCUUCUUCAGACACACCUCUGAGCCUCAGGAUGCCAGCCAGGCCGUUGCCAGCUCUGCCCUGAGCCCUCGCAUGACUCGAUCGGCCAGCCUUAGGUCCCUCCCUGAAUCCACAGGGGACCGGAGGGUGACCCGAUUCAGCUCCUGUGAGGCCCUGUCCCCCAGCCCCGGCACCCCCCGCCAUACUCUUCCCAUCCUGGAGGCUGCUACAGAAGAAGAGGAGUUGUCCUGGCCCCUCUCCAGGGUCCUGACACCAAUCCGGAAGCGCCUGGGGCUGUCUAUCGCAGUGGAAGAGGACGGGGAGGAGGUGCAGCUGGGGAAGGAGCCGCUGGUCUUCAGAAACCGGAGGCUGAGCAACCUGACGGAUGAAGACAAGACGGUGGAGAGCAAAGGAGAUGACAUGGAGCCGGAGAUCCUGCCUGCCAUCCGCAGGGCCCAGUCCAGCAGCAGCCUGGCCCGGAGCGGGGUGGAGCACAGGGAGGGCAGGCGGACACUCAGCGUCCACUUUGGGGAGCUGCCCUCGCCCAAGACUGCAGCUCAUAAGGGGGGAUCCGACUCCAACUCUGACUCUGACUCCAAGGGAUCCACUGUGUCGCUCCGUAGCAUAGAGAGUGCAGGGGCCAGAAGAGCACGUCCCAGCAGAGCUCAGGGGGAGCUGGGGGAGGAGGAGAUGCAGCAGCAAGAAGCAGAGGGUCAUGAGAGAGACGUUAGCAGCGUGAUGAGGAAGUACCUGCGCAAGAAGGACAGCUAACACAGUUUCCAUGGAGCCGGACACUGACCUGCCCAGGGCAGAGGAUGAGAGCACGCCCCCUUGUGGGAACCAACAGUAGUUUGUAAAGAAAGAUAAAGGGACAGUUGAUAAAAAAAUGGAGUUUGUUAAACAAUGUUGU